CGCUGCGUUCAUUCCAAUUCAUCAUUCGAUUCGGUGCACGUUGUUCUGUCUGGAAUGUAAUUUUGCAAUAAUUUUAUUAGCUAUUGUUUCACAAUUUCAACUGAAAAGCAUUUUGAAUCAUUCCUGGAAAGAUACGUUAAACGUGUGAGGUGCUUGUACGUGAAACAGCUGUAUUAUAUAAAUCUAUUUCCAAAUGAAGACUAAGGUAAUGCACAAGAAAGGGAAGAAACGGUCGCUUAGCGAAACUUCUGUUUCCAAAGUAAAAUUGAAUAAAAAACAAGAGAAUGUUAAUGAAUUUAACAAUAAGAGUCCUAAAAGAGCCAAAAUUGCCGAUUUUAAGCAAAAUGGAAAUCCGACAUUGACAGGAAGAACCCAAAUCUUUAAGAUAGUAGACAAGCAGAAAAAGGAACGGAGUAAGAUAGCUGAACAACAAAGUAACAUAGUGAAAUCAGAAACGAAGAAAGAUACAAAAGAAAUGGCAAAAUUAACAAUUGUUAAACCUAAGAAUGAGACUAUUGGUAAGAGCAGCAGUCGGUCGAGGAAGAGACGUCCUUAUAGCACUAUUACUCUUACUGCAGAACAGAUAACAAAAAAGAUAACAGAAAUCAAGAGCAGAGAAGUGCUGUCGAAGAGAGCACACAGAAUAUUAGGUAUACUUAACAGAAAAUUGAGGGAAAUUGUAAAUGAGUCGGAGAAAUUAGAUACAGUAGGAAAGAAAAAUAUAAAAAUAGAACAUUGUGCAAAUGCAUUGAUGAAGAAUAAACCGAAAGUUAAUGAUGAGAUUAAAGUGAAAGUAGGAAAGAAACACGUACAAAGUAAAAUUAAACCACAAGAGGAAGAUGAAAACGAUAGUGACAUCGAAGAAGAUGAAGAUAAAGAUAAAGACAGUGACAUUGAGGAAGAAAGUGACGAGGAUGAAAGUGACGAAAGCGAGGCAGAAAAUGAAUUUGUUGAUAAUAAAAAACCAGAGAUUGAUAACGAAAGUGAUAUAGAUGAAGAAACUGAAGAAGAUGAAGCAGAAAUAGAGGAAGAAGAUAAAGGAGAUAUAGAAGAAGAUGUAGAAGAUGAAGAGGAUGUAGAUGAUGAGGAGGAUGUAGACGAUGAGGAGGACGAUGAAGACGAUGAAGACGAGGAGGAGGAUGAGGAGGACGAGGAGGACGAGGAGGACGAGGAGGACGAGGAUGAAGAAAAUAUAAUAAAAAAGAUUUCAGAAGUAAGAAGAAAAGAUGUACAAAAUAAGGGUAAACAGGUUUCCAAACCUUUGGAUAAUCAGAAAAAAGGGGAAGUGAAGAAGAAGAAGCGAUAUGUCCUAUUUGUGGGCAAUUUACCACGAAAUAUAACUGAGGAUGAGAUCAAGCGGCACUUUAUGACUAAAGUUAAUACAAUAACUAGCAUCAGAAUUCCAACUAAAUCAGAUAAAACACUACAUGGCUUUGCAUAUGUGGAGGUGACAAAUAAUAUAGAUUUUGAGAAAGGUCUCACGUUAAAUCAUACAUUCUUAAAGAAAAAGAGGAUCAUUGUUCAAUAUUCGAACAACAAAAAGGCAGAUGCUACUGACAUGCGUGAAAAAAUUAUGAAGCUACAAAUGCUUCCGAAGAAAGCAAUUGGAAGAAAAUUAGCUGACGGGAACGAAAAAAAGAAGCUAUUUAAAAAAGAGAAAUAGGACACUGACCAAAAUAUAAUGAAGUGAAUAGGAUUAACGAAAGGAUUAUUUACAAAAUGUUUUUUUUUUUUUCAGCAAUUACCAUUUUGAAUGAAAGAACGAAUUCAAUAAGGAAGCAAUUUUCUUGGUUUAUAUUACAUAUUUAGUACAUGUCUGCCCUCCUAUUUUCCUAUAAUUU